AUGGCAAUGCAGAUGUCGCCGCCGCCGCCGCCUCUCCCUUCCCUCACCCUCUUCCUCUGCCUCUCGCUUGCGCUGCUACUACCACCUCGCCCGGCCUCCGCCGUCUCCUCUUCCCCGUCCUUCUCCCUCGACUUAUUCCCUGCCGGGGCCGCUAUCGCGCAGCUCGCCCUCUCCGGCGGCGCCAGCGCCAAUGCCACCUCCGGCGCCGUCUCCAUGCCCAUCCCCGGCGCACGGGUCCAGUACAGGACACCCAUUGCCGCGUCCGCACUCCGGCCCGGAUUCUCCACCUACUUCUCCUUCGCCCUCCCUUCCGCCCCUUCCUCCUCCCUCGCCCUCUUCUUCACGCCCUCCGCCGGCUCCGCCUCCCGCUCGCCCCCAGCGCUCGCCCUCGUCUUCUCCGCUCGCCACGUCCGCCUCGACCUCGCCGGCCGCACCGCCCUCCGGACGGAGACACACCAUCCCUUCCACCACGGACACGCUCCACGUCCGGCUCGCCGCCACGCGCAUCCCCACCACCAACCAUCACUCCACCCCGCCGCUGCUCUCCUACCCGCUCCAUCUGCCCCCCGUCCUCCGCAGGGGGGCAUCCUCGCCGGAUUCCGGACCUCCUCCGGCAACUGCACACUCUUCACCUGGGCGUUCCGGGCAGCUCCCAACCGGAUGCACUCCCUGCCGCUCAACCCCGCGGACCUGCUCACCACGCCGCCGCCAGAGCGCGUCGCCAGUGCCCGCGCGCCCGCCCUCGACCGCCGCUACAGCAGCCCCUGGGGCGCGGCGCUGUCCCUGCUGCUCGCUGCCGCGGCCGGCGCAAUGCUCACCUUCAUUGUUCUCUUCCUCUGGUAUUCCGUGGCCAAACGCCGGCCCGUCGCGCCGGUGGAGUACCCCAUGCACCCCUCGCACCUCGUCUACGAGAAGAUUGUGCUCGUCGGGGUCAAGGACGACGCCGCGGUUGCCGAUUCCGCCGGGAACUAG